AUGUUUUCGUCAAAACUUUUUCGUAACAUCAACAAUAUCCGUAUACCCUACAGAGUCCACGUUACACCAUGCACUAAAUUGACAUCUAGAAGGGUUUCACAAACUGCUUGUCUUUCCUUUGGAACUACACGAUCAAAAUCGUCCGUGCACCCAAACACGCCUCGGGCAAACUUGUCGGUUUCGCCAUCCUCGGAGCAGAUUAAGGAUGAUCAUCCGAUCCAAGAGGCUCGCUUAGGCAUCAUUUUUACCUGUACAGCGGAAGCAUGCUCUCAUCGUUCUUCGCACACCUUUACGAAGCGUGCAUACGAACGUGGUAUUGUCAUUGUCCAAUGCCCUGGAUGCAAAAAUAGGCAUCUCAUCGCGGAUAAUCUCGGUUGGUUCAAGGAUAGCACAGAGGAUGGAAAACUCAGAAAUAUCGAGGAUCUCCUUAAAGCUCGCGGCGAAACCGUCCAAAAAGGCUCCUUGGAUGCUAAUGGUGUAGUAGAAUAUGCUGAUAUUGAAGUUGGUAGAAAGUAG